AUGCUUCAUGCAACAGCCGAUUGUCUUACUCCUCAGCGAAUAUCCCAAGCCGUCUCAGUGCAUCAAGAAUACUGGAACCCUGAACGCUAUGCAUUUUGCGCCUGGAAGAUGUUUCCCGGAAAUAAUGACAUUUAUUAUGAUGAUAAUGCUCAUGCGGUUCAAGCUUUCAUAUCUUCAUUUGAAGCGACAGGGGAGACCAGAUAUUUGGACCAAGCGAGGGAUAUUUUAUGCAAUUUUAUAAUUCCAUCUGGACGACAUGAUGGAGGUAUUCCAUGGCAUAUCUCUAACGAUAAGGCUCGAGCAGCUUGUUCCACUGGGCCAGCCGCUAUAUCAGCCUUUAGACUAGCGAGAAUUACUCGCAAUAACGAUUUGGUAGACUUCAGUUUACGAGCAUUGAAUUGGCUUAAGCAAAACUUGCAAGAUCCCGAGGACAAGCUCAUAUGGGAUCAAUUGGCAUACAAGGAUGACGGAUCGACGGAAAUAAACAAAAUGAAAUGGACAUACAACACCGGAUUCGCUAUUCACGGUUUCACCCUUGCGUAUGAAGCUACUGGUAACGAAGAGCAUUUAAGAUCGGCAAUAGAAAUUGCAGAAGCGGCACUAAAUCCUGAGUCACCCCUAUUUGAUCACUGCAUUCCCGAUACCUCUCAAAGAAUGCUCUCGGAUGGAUCGUUCUUCCUACAUCAUCUAGUCGACGGUUAUGUCGCUCUUUCCAAGCAUACCCACACUCAACAACUCCGACAUGAAAUCCAUCGUAUUGCGAAUUGGGGAAGGGAAUUCAUGUUAGAUCUAGAGGAUCAAUUGUAUUACCGCGGUAGUCGUCCGUAUGCAAUCUCUGAAGAUCAUGUGAGGAAAUUCAAUGAUAGGUUUGGUUUGAGCAAGACUCUGGAGAUCAAUGGACAGGAAAGGGAUGAGCAAGGAAAUUUGUGCAAGACUAUGCUUGGGUGUGCGAGUUGGGCGAGAAUUCUACAUGCUGCAGAGAGAGUCUAA